CUACCAGACAACUGUGUGUGUGUGUCGUGUAUAGUGAGACCUUAUAAGUUAUUUGAGUUAGCGGCUGUGUGUGACACAUGAAGCGGCGUGACGGACAGGCUCCUGUUACUGUGAAGAUCAGGUACAAUACACGUCACUGCGUUUGUCAGUAAAGGAGAAACAUUAUAAGAAUAUCUGACAAAUCAAGUUCUGCUGAACAAGACAAUGUCUGAAAAGACUGAGACCCAAACCUCAGACCAUCCUGAUGCACAUGGAGGGCGUCUAGAGGAAAACCCGGGCACUGGGCUAUUAAAUGUGAAGGAAGAGGAUGAGACAGAUGCCGAUGAAGAUAACGCUGAUAUAGUGAAAGUUGAGAUAACAGAAGAUCUGUGUGUGAGGCAUCAGCUAGAAGCACCAGAUGAGGAAACCAGGGACAGUAUCAGUCAAGGCCAUAUGACUGUGACACCUUCAGAUGGCUCAGCAGUUGAGUACGGAGCAGAACCAUAUGUGUGUGAUCACGUGAAGACUGAGGAGGAUGAAGUUCCUAUCAAUAUGGCUACAGGUGAUGUUAAGACUGAAGUUACACUUAAUGCUGAACAAACAAAUGAUCUGUAUGUAAAGAGUCCACUGGAAGCUGUGAAGCAGGAAAUCAGUGACAAUAUCAGUACAGGUAAUUUUACAAACUGCAGUAAUCCUAGUCCUAGCCAUGGUGAAAAUACAGAUACUCGUUUCAAUCUUCUUCAAAGAAGCAAUGUGGGAAAUUUAUGUUCUGAAUAUGGGAAUUUUUUUACCAGGAAAUCAAAUCUUUUAAUACUUCAGAAAACUCAUACAGGAGAGAAAGCAUUUUCAUGUUCUGAAUGUGGGAAAUGUUUUACUCGGAAAUCAACUCUUACUGCACAUCAAAAAAUUCAUACAGGAGAGAAAGUAUUUUCAUGUGCUGAAUGUGGGAAAUGGUUUGUCGUGAAAUCACGUCUUAUUACACAUCAGAAAAUUCAUACAGGAGAGAAAACAUUUUCAUGUGCUGAAUGUGGGAAAUGUUUUACUGACAAAUCAAACUUUACUAUGCAUCAGAAAAUUCAUACAGGAGAGAAAGCAUUUUCAUGUGCAGAAUGUGGGAAAUGUUUUGUCGUAAAAUCACGUCUUAUUACACAUCAGAAAAUUCAUACAGGAGAGAAAGAAUUUUCAUGUGCGGAAUGUGGGAAAUAUUUUGCUCUGAAAUCAACUCUUACAACACAUCAGAAAAGUCAUACAGGAGCGAAACCAUUUGCAUGUUCUGAAUGUGGGAAAUGUUUUGCUCUAAAAUGUAAUCUUAAUUUACAUCAGAAAACUCAUGAAGUAAAGAAAGCAUUUUCAUGUUCUGAAUGUUGGAAGUGUUUUGCUGUGAAAUCAUCUCUUAUUACACAUCAGAAAAUUCAUACAGGAGAGAAAGCAUUUUCAUGUUCUGAAUGUGGGAAAUGUUUUAUUCAGAGAUCAACUCUUAUUAAACAUCAGAUAAUUCAUACUGGAGAGAAAACAUUUUCAUGUUCUGAAUGUGGGAAAUGUUUUGCUCUGAAAUCUCAUCUUAUUACACAUCAAAAAAUUCAUACAGGAGAAAAAGCAUUUUCAUGUUCUGAAUGUGGGAAAUGUUUUAUUCAGAAAUCGACUCUUAUUAAACAUUGGAGAAUUCAUACAGGAGAGAAAACAUUUUCAUGUUCUGAAUGUGGGAAAUGGUUUGCUCAGAAAUCAACUCUUACUAAACAUCAGACAAUUCAUACAGGAGAGAAAGCAUUUUCAUGUUCUGAAUGUGGGAAAUGUUUUGCGCUAAAAUCCCAUCUUAUUAUACAUCAGAAAAUUCAUACAGGAGAGAAAGCAUUUUCAUGUUUUGAAUGUGGGAAAUGUUUUAUUCAGAGAUCAACUCUUAUUAAACAUCAGAUAAUUCAUACAGGAGAGAAAGCAUUUUCAUGUUUUGAAUGUGGGAAGUGUUUUACUCAAAAAGCAACUCUUAUUACACAUCAGAAUGUUCAUACAGGAGAGAAAGCCUUUUCAUACUUUGAAUGUGGGAAGGGUUUAACUAAGAAAUCAAUCUUAUAACACAUCAGAAAACUCAUACAGGAGAGAAAGCAUUUUCAUGUUCUGAAUGUCGGAAAUGUUUUAUUCAGAAAUCAAAUCUUGCUACACAUCAAAAACUACAUACAAGAGAGAAAGUAUUUUUAUGUGCUUAAUGUUGGAAAUGUUUUGCUCUGAAAUCAAUCUUAUAAGACAGUAGAAAAUUCAUACAGGAGAGAAAUCAUUUUCAUAUUCUGACUGUGGGAAGUGUUUUAACGAGAAAUCAAUUCUUAUUAGACAUCCGAAAAAAUCAUACAGGAGAAAAAGUAUUUUCAUGUUCUGAAUGUUUUACCAGGAAAGGAAAUAUUGUUACUCAACAAAAACUUUAUACAGGAGAAAAAAGAUUUCCAUGUUCUGAAUGUGGGAAAAGUUUUGUUCAGAAGUUACAACUUAUUGUGCAUCAGAAAAUUCAUAUGGGAGAGAAAGUGAACUCCUAUGUGAACAUCAAAAUUGCAAGAGCCUUUCAAAAACCCUUGUCUGGUUUAGGAUAAUCCCCCUAGCUGCAUAAAGUGCAGUUUUCAAUUAUAACAAAAAAUAUAUUAUUAUUUUUCUUAUGAAUUCCAAUUAAUAUUUUUUUAAAUAAACACUGAAAUAUUGUCUA